AGGCACCACUCAAGUCUUUUAUUUACUUAUUUACUUAUUUAUUUAUUUAAUUACGCUUUUAAACCGCCCUAUAGCGACGAGCUCUCAGGGCGGUGUACAGCACAGAGACAGUUUUCAGCACAGAGACAGCAACAACUGGAAGUGGAGCUGCUGGAGGAUCCUAACGUGCGGUUUGAACGUUGUGGGCCGUUAAACCCAGCCACCCUUCUGCCUGAACUGCCUCCGCCUUUUCCGGAUCAUGACUGCGUACAAGUUCUGCAAUCUACUUUACAGAUCAGACCUGACUUGUCUGACGAACCGCUGCCAGACUCAGAUAGCGUUCUUUUCACUGACGGCAGCUCAUACUACCAGGAUGGGGUAAGAUACACGGGCUUUGCUAUAACAACGCAGUGGGAAGUAAUAGAGGCAGCAGCGCUCCCAGGACGGUGGGGAGCACAAGCAGCAGAAAUUUACACUCUGGCUACAGCAUGCCAGUUGUCGGCAGGUAAAAAGGUGACCAUCUUCACAGAUAGCAGGUAUGCCUUCGGGGUUAUACAUUGUCAUAUCCAUUUGUGGAAAUACAGGGGGUUUACAACUGCUGGAGGUAAAACCAUCCAGCAUCUGGAACUUGUGCAAAAGUUAUUGCAAACUAUUCUUGAACCUUCACAGCUAGCCGUGGUGCAUUGCAAAGCACACACCAAGGAGCAAGAUCCUGUAACCCUCGGAAACGCCCUGGCAGAUCAGACUGCGCGCCAGGUGGCAUUGUUUCCUAUAAGCAUGCCGACUCUGGCGCUGGUAACCACUGCCUUUGUUUCACCUGUAUCUGUUUCAGUACCCCCGCAGGAAUUAAAGCGAUGGACUGAGCUAGGAGCAAUCCUGAAGCAGCAGUUAUGGACCAUGCCUGACGGUCGAGCAUGCCUUCCCAGAGCCUUGUACCAAACAGCAGCAAAAUGGUUCCAUGACCAUGGGGGUCCUUAUGGUACACACGCGUUAGUGGACUCGAUCACGCGUUUCUGGUAUGCCCCCGGAAUUCAACCAGUAUGUGGUGCAAUAGUGAAAGCAUGUCACAUUUGCCAAGCAAACGGCCCAGCCCUACCGAAUAGGGCCCCGCAAGGGGGUAGACCCGUACCGGCUGCACCAUUCUUACACAUUCAAAUUGACUUUGUUGAUCUCCCAAAGGCUGAAGGGAAGAAACACCUCUUGGUCAUGGUAUGUCCCUUAACAGCAUGGAUAGAGGCAUUCCCAACCACAAAUGCCACCGCCACAACGGUGGCCAAAUUACUACUAAAAGAGAUAAUACCACGGUUCGGGGUUCCAGAGGUAAUAGAUUCAGAUCGAGGAACACACUUCACAGGACAGAUUCUGGCAAAAGUCGAAGAAGGUCUGGGAAUCAAACACCUGUUUCAUACUGUUUAUCAUCCACAAUCGUCCGGAGCGACGGAGAGACAGAACCGGGAGAUUAAGACUGCAUUGGCUAAGUAUACGCAGGAAACAGGUUUAAGGUGGCCUCAGAAUAGAAUCCGCGAGUUGUGGAAAACUGCUGGACUUACCAAGACGGUGCCCCUUGAGGACCAAGUGCAUCCAUUUCGCCCAGGGGACUUUGUUUGGGCAAAGAAAUUCGUGAGGGGCGAUUCCCUGCAGCCACGAUACACAGGACUACACCAAGUCCUUUUAUCUACACAAGCAGCCGUCUUCCUGGAAGGGCGAAAGUCGUGGAUACAUCAUUCCCACGUGAAGCCUGUGGUAGUGGCAGCGGCUCCACCGCCCCGGGUCCCCAAAAUACGCUUGCAGAGGAACGAAGAAACCGGCCAGUGGCAAGCAGCUCAACUUCCCUUUCAGGAUGCAGAUAUUGAGUGAACGAUAGUACCACGCCAACGCUGAGAUGACCCGACAAGAAUGGGGGAUGCUUGUUUGUUUGUGGGCCGGAGGCGUCUUGAUCCACCAUGCCUGGUCUCUUUGUUGCCCCCCCAAUGUGAAAAUAUGCAGUGACAAUGACUAUUAUUACCUGAAAGAUUUCAGACGAACAAUACCCAAAACACAGGACUGCCCGGACCCUUUUCUGUACGAUGUGGACCAAAUACGGGAGGGAAUGGUGAAGGCUGACAUUGCGGGACGUUUAUGUCACAAAGCGGCUGUUAUAUUACAACACAACUACACAGGCAGCUGGACAGCACAUUGCAUCCGCGUGGAAAUUGAAUGGCCCAUCCGACUCGCACUUCGGUGCAGACAAUAUCACCCCAUGCCUAACUAUGGUUGUUCCUCUAAUUUGGAUGUAAAUACUAUAAGAUCGGAGUAUAACAUGCUUACUUUUCAGAUCAAGACAACAGAAAAAGAGAAGUUUUGUGUGGGUGUCGGUAUACCAUCCUGUUAUGCAUGACUGAAUGAUAAGCUGAGGGCACAGAAACCCCCACAAAAUCAGGUAAAACAGGCCACACAUGAAGUAAAAACAAUAGGUGGAUUCAGGCAAAGGAACACAAAAAUAGGCGAUGGGUGGGAUGGAAACACGUUUGUUGCCUUGAUGGAAGAGACAGCCCCCAAGAAUGGUACUUGCUAUGUCUGUGCCCAUACACCCCCACAUGGUCAAGCUGGAGUCCCCUUGACCGGGGCCCCUUUGCCGUUAAAGGAGUAUCUUUCUUUUGCGUCACAUUCCAGCUCACAGGAAUUGGAAGGGGGGCUGGUCUUAAGCGGGCCCAUUGCCAGGUCAGUUUGUGUAGGCAGUGGAAGCCAGCCGACGGGAGGUAUGAUGUGUGAUGGCUUAAUUUUCUCUACAAACCCGGGUAAUUGGACAUUUGUAAAUGGGACACACAGGGCAGCGGGCCUAACAUGGUUAUCCAUCUGGCAGCAUUUGCUGCGGCUGACUUUUGCAGACCAUCACUUAGUGCCUUUCCUCACGGACUUAGUGAAUCACCAAACCCCAGCUGGACUCUGGUGGCUUUGUGGACACUCAGCGGUAAGGAAACUACCAACAUCGGGCUCUUGGACCUGUACUUUAGGGAGGGUGGUGCCAGGGCUCCGGGUUUCCCCCACCCUGCCAACUCUGCGCCGUCGUAACAAAAGAGGCACAGGGGAGGCAGUAUUGAGAGGUUUUUUUCCAAUGUAUGGGCCAGCAAAAACAUACCAGGAACUCAUAGAACUUUCCCAAGCCUUUGAACAUUUUAUGAAUGAUUCAGCUAUCUCCUUUUCGGACCUCACAAAUGAGCAGGGACAAGUUAGAACUGUAGUUUUGCAAAACCAGCUCGCCUUGGAUUUUUUUAUUAAGCUCUCACGGGGGGGUCUGUUCGCUAAUAGGGAGCGAAUGUUGUACCCAUAUUACGGACAGCAAAGCUGAUGUUAUUAAACACAUUAAUGAUAUCGGGAAGAUCUAUCACGAGGUUGAGCGCAUUGGGAAUUUUUCCUUGUUCUCUGGUUUUUCUGAUUGGUUUUCGGCAUGGCCAGACUGGCACAAAAUUUUAUUUUACAUUGUUAUGGUAAUCACCCUAUUGAUUUCUGUUUGCUGUUGCUUGCAAUGUAUUCCGAAUUUGAUGCAAUUGGCCUCUGUCUGUCUAAACAGACUCACACUGUCAUUUUCCCGGAAACCACAGCCGACCUACAUGGAAAUGGCUUUGAGACCGAUCUGGCAACCCAAGCAAGGUAAUACAGCUACCUGAGAGACUAGUUAGUCUCUCAGGGCUGAAAGGGGGGACUGUUAGGAUUGGAUUUGAACCCCAGUUGCCUGUAAAACUAUAAUUCACUUGUCUUACCUGAACCAGCUUGGGCAUCAUAGGAAAUAGGACCAAAGUGGCCUUUAGAUGACUUUUGAUAUAAAAUGUCGGUUUAUUUCCUGGUGACCUGACCCUUACCUACAUUCCAGUGGCUCGAAUAAUAAAAGCCGGUUUAAGCUGGAAACUUCCCUAUUAUGUAUCUCUUGUAUCACAUCUAUGCCUAUAACCUUGCUUAUUGCUACAAAUGUGCCUUUGCAUAGAAAUGUUAAAAGUUGUUCCGCUGCCCCACAAACCUUGACUUGUGAAACCCUUUGAUAUGCAAGCAAAGCAAUUUUAUGUCUGUCUCCAACUUAUGGGGCGCCCGGUUGCAGCUGGGCCUCCCCUCAAUAGUUGCCUUUGUCUGUUGCUGCAUAAUGCUUAUCUCAAGGACAUGCGAAGUAUGCAGACAUAGAGUCUGAAAGAUAGUCUCAAUGUUUCUACUUUGUCCUUUCCCCGGUACCCCUUUACCUCCUUACACAUGCCCUGAGGCUAUAAUAUCUAGCAAUUGCUUCUUUUGUAUUUUAUGAUGUGAGCCCGAUAUUGUAAACUUCAGGGUGAACCUAUAUAAACCUUAAGACACCAAUAAACGAGGUUCCCAUGCUGGCCUGCUUCGGCUUGUAAGUAUUGGGUCCCCUUUGCAAAGGAAUUGUCUGGUCUUUAUUUGAUCUC